AUUUUUAACAGGAUAUAGUAAACUGCCGAAACUGAUCUACUGGAAAUAACUCAAAUUCGCUUGUGCCUUGGGCAUGGAUGUUGUAUUUUAUUUGUAAACACAGUUGUCAGUUUGUAAAUUUAUUCAUUUUGAGGUGAAAAGCUAUUACUAAACCCUUUUAAAAUGGCUGAAUAUGUCAAUCAAACGCUCGAGGAAAUGAUUCCCGAGCUCGAAGAAAUGAGCAAACUUGGUUUAUUCACAGUUAAGGAGACUAAGUAAGUAGGCCUAUACGUCUGGCAGGUACUUGGAUAAAAUUUUCAAAUUGAAUGAAUUAAGAAAUGAACACAUCUGUAUGAUAGCCUUUGUUAAAUGAAGUAAUAAUAUGUUUUCAUUUUCAUGUAGCACUUUCGGUUAAAAAGAUAUGAUUUUUUUUGUGAAUAAAAAAUAACGUUUUUUUUCAUAGUCAUUAGAGAUUUGUGACCUCUUUUCAAAAUUUUUUUACGAAAAGGGUCAUCAUAGAUCUAGAUCUAACUUUAUAGCAGAGUGGACAAAUAAUAUGAAACUUUCCAUUAGUGUUCAUCAUUGUAUUAUCAACAUCUUUGUUGCUUUGAAAACUAAAAAAAGAUUAAAUAGAAUAUUUUAAAAAUAUUUUUUACAAAGUGUCUACACGUCCGGCGCGCCGGACAAAUAGUGCUCAAGAUAUACUAGGGAUAACAAUACUUGUCCACGCACCGUUCUGCGCAUGUCCUAAAAUGUCGAAAAAAUGUGUUCUGCAAUAUGGCGUACAGCUACAUGGUAUCAUUGGAAAAUUGCAUACUACGUCACCUUUGUUUAUAAAAUAAUUGCUUUCCUCAUCACUGACGUAUCAGUUUUUGUGUUCCGGUCAAUUAUUGUUUUAUGCUACGAUAUUUUUGGUGCAUCACGGGCAGUAUUAUUAUAAUGAAUCGGUUAGUAUAUAAAUGGCAUAAAUACUUUUUUACUAGUAAAGCCACCAAAAUAAGGUUUAGUGCUCCCUAAUCUACAUUCAUUGUAAGAGUUUUUUCAUUUUUUGAGUAAUUAUCGUUGAGCUCUCGAUAAAAAGUUAUGCAACCCGUGAAGUAGUGGGGGGUAUGAAAUUAUCAUUAUUUUUUUAUUUUGAUUGAGAAGCCGGAAAUGGCUGCUAUCACUGUGAUUCGUUAAUGUUAAAUCUUAAACAUCUAAAUAAUUAUAAGACAUUUAGGCAAUCCUCCGAAGUCCGGUCCCAAAUUAUUUCGUAUGAAAAAAUUGCAAUGCACAGUGUUUAUUGUUAGAAAACAGCAGAAAUGUCAGUCAUAUCUCUUGCAAAUAACUGUCACUUUAUAAACCAGUCAGUAAAUACUAAAUAUUGUAAUUGGCGCAUAGCAAUUGCAAAUAGCAGCCAAAAACCGUUCUGCUUGUGACUGUUGCGCCACUGAGAGCCCCCAAGUAGCUUGCAAACAGACCAUGACUACUAAUACCACUCUGAUUGCGGAGUUUACGUUUCGCUAGCAUCCAAAGUCCUUCAAUAGUUUAUGUGUGAAUGUCCUGGUCUACUGGAUCAACAAAUUCACGCGCGUGCACAAUGACAGCGUGAGCAUAAACCCCCAUUGUUGAGCUGAGCGACAUUUUGAUAUCCUCGACGGGCGCCCGUGACGAUAGUUGUCCCUAACAACACAUUAAUAGUGAUAAUGCGCUCGAGUGUUUGUGCAUCUCGACGGCCAACAACCUCCAUCCAACAUCGUCCACUAAGGCAAACAUGAAUUUCAAAACAGAAUGAUGCCCAAGACUUUUAAGCAAGGAGUAAUCAAUGGACAUAAUUUGGGACCGGACUUCGGAGGAUCGCCGACAUUUAAAAUGAAUCAUUUUAAGAAAAGAUUAUAACCAAACUUGAAAAGUUUAUGUAGUAACCAAGGGUUGGUUUUAAGUUUUAUUUAUUACGUUAAAAUUUGUGUACGGUACCGGACCACAGUUUAUCGUUUUUUCAUUAUAGAAUCAAUAUUUAAUUAAUAGUUUUACAAUAGUAAUAUCGAUAAUAAUAAUCGUUUUUCUCUUAUUAAUUAUUUCAGAAGAGAAUAUUACUAAAAUUAGACCUACUUAUCAUUAUCAGUUAUAAUUAUAAACAACUGUUAUUAUAAUCCUAUAAUAGUCUAUUUAGGCCUAAGCUUAAUUUUUCUUAAUCUAAUUCUAUUACAAGCCUAUAGUAUAAGUUCUAGAUGUAACAACAGUUUUAUUAAAAUACAUCAAAUUAAUAAACAAGACUCAAACAACAUCAUCAUAGUAAUUGUAUUUUUAUUAGGACAUAGAAAAGCAGUACAUAGACAAUUAUUUAAUAUAUCAAAUAAUAUUUUUUAAUGAAUUAGUCUCAUCAUUAUAAUCAUAUUAUCAUCAUGGAUGGUUUUAUUUGAGUAAUUUAUAUAUAUAAUUACUUGCGUUCAAUUUUAUAAAUAAAAAAUACUACUUACCUUUUUAUAAAUACCGGUAUAAUGAUUUAAAAUUUAAAACAAGCAUAAUAAAUUUAGUUAAAAUUCAAUAAAUAUGUUGUUUUUUUUCGUAUUUUCCUGUAUAAAUAAUGAUUUUCCCAAUUUUUCUGUUCACUUUUUUCUGAACAUACCCACAAAUAAAUUUAUAAAAAAAUAGAAGUCUUAAUGUUAUAUAAAAGUUUUGUUGUUUAUUGUACUGUAAAUUGCACUGAGAAUGUCUCCUAAACAUUUGGUAGCAUUAUCUUUUAAAAUUAAAACGUUUUGUUUGAAAGUGGGUCACACAUUUUUUCAUUUAAAUACUAAGAUAAAGAAGGGGGUGUUUAAAAAUCACCAUCAAAAUCAUAACUCCUUUUCUAUAAAAGAUAGAAAGAUGAAAUUGGUGUUGUUGUAAAGCUUAUAGCUAGCCCUUUAAAAUGAUGUAUCAUUCAUGGCAAUUGGACAAUAUUUAAAUUUUGUGUCAAAGUACCUAGAUACACGUCCGGCGGUAUGUCACGCUAUAAUUAUGAUUUGAGGAUCAAUACCGGGGAUGGAUAUUUUUUUUUUCUCCCAUUUAAAUGUAAAAUAUUUUAUACUAUAUUUAUAUUAUCAUGUUCAUCAGCAACAGUAGUUUCAUGAGAAGUUUUUAAAUAUUUUCUAAAAAUUUAAAAUGAAAUCUUUUACUUUUAUUGGUUGCCUACUCCUCACUGGCCCCUAAUUUAUUUUAUGGAUUACUGGUGCACAAACUCAAAUAACAAACUAAACAAAAAUGUUUACAAGCCACUUUCACUUAAGUUUUUUUUUCUAUUAUUUGCAUUCAAGAUACUCAGUACAUUACUUGGUAGAGAAAUAGAUUUUAAAAUUAACAAUAGUUUUAAAUCAUUCGCAGUCACCAACACCAGGAAGAGAAACAUUGCAAAUCCCAUCUACGUGCAUAGGAGCCAAAAUUAUCAAUAAAUUGAUCGUGGGCCCUUAAGAUAUAGAAGAAGAAGGCUGACCGACAAGAUAUCUCUCGCCACUUUGUUACGGCGGUCAUGUGACCUGGUCACCGGACAAAUAGUGCGGGAGAUAGACGUCCGGCGCGCCGGACGCGUAGACACUGCCUAUUUUUUAAUGUCAUUAAUCGUUAAAAAAAAUUCAAAAAAAAAAAAUUAAAAUAUUUUUUUUUACGAAAAGGGUCAUUAUAGAUCUAGAUCUAACUUUAUAGCAGAGUGGACAAAUAAUAUGAAACUUUCCAUAAGUGUUCAUCAUCGUAUUAUCAACAUCUUUGAAAACUAAAAAAAAUUAAUUAAAAUAAUUUUUAAUGUCAUUAAUCAUUAAUCAUUUUAAAAAAUUCCAAAAAAAUUUUUAAAAAAUAAUCUAAAAAAAAAUUAAGACCAAACGUAAUUUAUUUUAAAACAGGAAAUUUUACAAUAAAAAUUAUGAUUUAGUUUGAAAUGGAGCAAUAUCUGAUAAAAUAUUAGUUAAUAUGUCUAUUAUUGUAUAGAUUUACAAUAAAACCUAAUAUUAAUUAAGAUGGAACUUGAUUGCUUAAAUUUCUUGGGCUUUCUUAUCUGUCAACUAUUGUUAAAUAAUACUGUUUCCGUUUUGUCACUUUCGUUUUCGGACAUUUUUUGUUGUUCAAGUUUUAGACUAUUUCUGGCCAAAAAUAACACUGUUAUGGCCGUCUUAGAGACUUGAAAUUUUACUUGGUCAUUUUUGAUACAAUUCUACAGGUACACCAGGUUGAUUUAAAAUGGGACAACGAAUAGUUUUCAAAAUAUUGAUAAAUUAGACUUAGCCGAUUUCUCACAUUUUUUUUAAAAUUACAACAUACUGAUAUUACUGAAAACAAAAUGGAUGUCGUUAAAGCUCAUUCAUAACGUAACUAGAUCAGUAAUUCAUUGGUUGAUCCGACGUUUCUAGCGCGAAAAAAAUAAUUUUUUAGUGAACCCUAUCAUCCAGCACACCCAAAAAAGCAUCUCAAAACGCUAGGGGCCAAAAUAGCCUCAUAUCCAAGUACCUACGUCUGGUGACAGGUGCUCAGGUGGCAUUUUUCGGGUGAUUCUCCGAACGCCGGUACCAAACAAACACUAAUAAAACUAAACGAAUGAGCAGUUAAUUUAACAGUUCAAUAAUGUUAUACCAAGUUCAUGGUCAAAUAUUAUCAUGGUCACUCAACAACUUUAAAUACAGGUACUGUCCAAAAACAUGUUCUUUGUUGCCAAUGCUGCUAAAGCAGCGCUACUGAACUGGAAACAAGCAUCAAGUAGCUUCCAAACCGCCAUGGCAUGUUCCACCUUGUUGAAUUUUAAACCAAUUACGACACUCAAUUUAGAAAAUGUAGUAGUUUAUGAUGACAUGGUGUCCCAACUUUCAAUGCUUUUGAAAAGCAUGACAUGCUUGCAUUCACUUGACUUAGUAAUUAGUAGUAAAUCAAAUAGCCCUAUAAUAUCAGCAUGCAUCAUGCCGAUUUUCUGUGUUAUGAGCCACAGUUUGCGAAAAAAGACUCGGUGUAUAUGCUGCAUGUCAUACUGAACAGAUGGCAUUUCCAUAUCGGUAACCAUCUUGUGACUGCACGUCAGACUAACGACAAUAGAGUUGACAGUUAUGAGUUGAGGUCAUGUUCAGCAAGCCACUCUAACCAAAGCAUGCUGUCAUGCUUGGGUGUUGUGUCCAAAGUUUGUAGAAUUUUUCCUGGCAAAACAUAAUUUGCAAAAUGAACUGCUGCUUGCAGUCUGCAUGCAGUCUGUAUUGUUUAUUUUUCAUUAUUACAACCAGUUAGUCUUCAAGACAACUCCAUUCAUUCAGAAUCUUAGUAAACAAUCACAUUACCAAUUAUUGGGGCCACCAGGAGCUUUCUAACUAAACGUAUACUAUUUGACAUGUGGGACCUUCUACUUGUCAUUCUGAUUUCUACUUCUAAUAUUUCCACUUCUAGUCCCACGUAGGUUUAUGCCAUAUUCAGUAGUAUUAAUCCUGUUCAUUCAUUCAGUAAUGUUAUAUAUAAUCAUAUCACAAUAGAGUCUUAAGGAUAAGUGGGAAAUUAGGCAAAGGUGUUUCUAUUAUUAAACUACUUUUUUUGGUACUACCCUUUUCCCCAUGUUGAGUUCUACUUUUUUUUACUUGGCCAUAAUCUUUGCUGCCAUGACUGCAGACAUGUCGAAAGAAAAUGAAGUAGCUGAAAAAAUGAGUAGGGAAAAGGGAGGUGGUGUGUUAUGGUAAAAUAAAUAUAAUUAACAGAAUGGUUUAAUUUUCAAACAAAAAUAGUAGCCAAAUAUUUUCCCCAUUUUGAACAUAUCAAUUUUAUUUUAAGCCUCUACAUAUGCAGCAAGAAGUCUCAAUGACUUGCGAUUGUCCUCUUUCCCGACAUAAUUUCAGUCAUCCAUUAAUAUUGUGACGAAUGAGCAUCUUUGUUGUGGCAAGAAGUGUCAGAGAUUUGUCGUUGGUCCUUCCCUAAUCCAAGUUUCAUUAAAAUACAUUGUGGUGAGAAAAACAUAAAUAUGAAGGAAAAGGAUUAAAAAUAUUUCAGAAAUAUUUUCACAUUAAUAAAAACCCAACUUACAGUUUCAUCAAGUCAAAUACACUUUAACACACUUUAUUACAUGUUCCACCGAAAGUGAAAUCCAAAAAAUGUCCUCAAAGUUAAAUUUUAUUUUUGAAAAUGAGGCUUUAAUUUCUGCUCCUCAACCACACAUGUCUUCAAAAUUAAGUCAUCCCGAAAUCUGGAGAAAAAAACAUGAUGAUGACUACAUAGACCACACUACUCACUACAUACACAGUAACUACACAAUCAAUGUUAAUAAAUUAACUAGGCCUAUAAUUUGUGGGUUCAAAUUCAUUUUGAAGUCAAUAUAUUAAUUAUUUGAAUUUCAAAAUAAUACCAAGAAAACUUGAAAAUGGGGUGACAGGUGUUAGUAUUAGGCUACUUUCAGUGUGGGAAACCAAAAAAAAUCAUAAAUUCUUCUUAGUUCUUAACCUUUGCGCUGGUUUAUCAUGAGCUGAAAUUUAAAUUGUAAAAGUUUUUUCGGGCUCCCAUCACCACAAAAUGAUUUUAAAUCGAUUUUAAAUGUGCUAGUUUUAAUGAAUACUUGUAAUUUGUUCAAAAUGAAAUAAUGGGGUAAAUUAACCCAAAAAUGUUGUAUUUUUGCUUAAACUUUACAUUUUCUUCAUUUCUCUCUCUCACCUUGCCAUAAAGAUCAAAUUAAAAACAAAUAAAUACAUUUCCUCAUAACAGAUAUCAUUUUAAACAAACUUCCGUUCUCAAAAUUAUAGCAAAAUUUUUUUUCAGGAAUAGGUUUUAAUCACUACUAUAUCCUUAUAAGCUGAAGAAAUCAUCAAAUGUUUCCUCCCUGUGAACUUAAUCCUCAGGGGAAAUUAAAACAAAUCCAUUUUUAAUUGACCAUCAACAAAUUUCUCCAGUCUUAGUUUGACAAAUGCUAAUAAACAGUGUUCUUAAACUCCAUAUAAAUUAAAACCAUCAUCCCAUGCUGUUACGCUGUAUUCAUUCUACCGAAUCAUAAACUGCUAGGAGGUAGUUUGUUGUUCGUUAAGAUCAUUUGCACAGAAUUUCCUCAGCUUUGGGCUAUAAACAUUUACCAAAACUUCCUGUUCAAAAUUGUUUGAGUCAACUCUUACUAUUUUGGUUUAGCAUGAGGUAUUACAUGAAUGUUACAUGUUCAGGUUUAAAUAUGAAAAUAAAAAACAAGCUUAUAAUGCCAUUAUUUAGUAGCUAUUUCUAUGUUGGAGAAUUAAAUUUAUGCCAUUAUUUAUUAGCUGUUUCUAUGUUGGAGAACUAUUUAUGGCAUUAUUUUCAGUUGUAUAUGUUUGUCAUCAUUUCUGCUGUUGAAAAGCAAGAUUUUUUGUAACAUUUCAUAUAAGAAUGCAUAUCAAUUAUGCUGAAAUCACUAUAAGUAUAUGAUUAGAAAAGGGAGUAGGAACUUUGUGAUUCUGAUGACAUUAAAAAAUAAGUUGCAAAUAACUCUGUUAGAUGUUGGGACUAACAUCCUUGAUUUCUGUUGACUAUAAAGCUUGAGGACCAAAUGCAUUUUUCAUUUAAAUUAUUAUUUUUAUUUUCAGAAACAGAAUUUCAUUUUCAAUUACUUUUAUUGUUGUAUCUUGCAGAGUCAUUUUGAGGAAUCGACAAAACCAUGAAUACAAGCUUCGACAGCUGACUAAAACUAAAUCUUCAUUCCUAAACUACGUCGAGGUUUGUGAUGGCUCAAAUUUAUAAUCUGAUAAUUUUAAUUUAGCAUUGAUCAAGGCAAGUUAUUGUCAAAAUAACUGAUGAUUAAAUUGUAUUAACAUUUAAAUUCAUUUUAACACAAAUUAAUAUAAAAUUAACACUUCCAGUUAUGAUUCAGUCAGUUAUACUAAUGAAUUUAUAUUUUAAUGUGAUGACGGCUCAAUUUAGAACUCCAAAGGUUUCAGGAUUGUUUUUUUACCACUUGAAUUUUUGUUGCCAGCCCUUAACUAAAUGGUGCAGAAAGCACUAGUGACAGCAGCCUUACAAAAAUUCAAAUCUGUCCACAGAAUGGCUUACAUGUAAAUCAAUUAAUAUGCAAUUAAAAUUGUUAAAAACCUUCCAUGUGAUAUUUUCAAUUUACUUUUAUCCCCCCCCCCCCUUAAGUUGUUGGUCCUUAAACGUAAUAUUAUGGUGGACAUCAAGUGGGAGUCUGUGCCCCUUCAAGCAAUUCUUCUGGUAAUGUCCUCCCAAAGUGUAGACACAAAUGUUUUUUUAAAAGGGCUAAAAUCAGUGGUUUCCAACUUAUGCAUCUGGACCCCAUCGGAGGUUGCCUGACCAUGGGUUGCUUGAGAAUAUCAGAAAUUUUAUUGUUUUGCUGUUGUUGACAGUGAAUAUUUAUUUAAAAUUUGAAAUGCUCUUUAUUUUGUAAUGUAAAUUUUACUAAGUGUGAUGGGGCGGCAAGUUUCUUACUGUCACUGCACUGUGACUACAUUACAGCUACAGAAGAGAUAUGAAUCAUUCAUGUCAGCCGCUAGUUUACGUUUUAAGUAGAUGAUUUAUUCUUUCCCCUGUGUUAUGGUUGUUUUAUUUUUUUCUGCUUAAACUUUAAAAAACUUUAAAAUUGAUGGCUCCACCAAUGUCUCAUAACUUUUCUUUGUCCAUCACAACCCCACGAUAAACAUUUAACAGUAAACAUUAUAUUCUUUUUAUUUUUAAAUACCAAAUCACUGUAUGAAAAUUAAAAUGCAACACAAGUCUUUAAAAUAAAUAAAUUAUGCAAUUACUGUCAAUACUCAUUGAAAAAUCCAGUGAGUGAGUCGCCAAAGCUGGUAUCAAGGGGAUUGCGGGAAUUUAAAGGUUGAGAACAGCUGGCUUUGAUGAUGAUUAGCAAAUAACAUGGUCUCUAGUUCUUCCAGAUACCAUGCUCCUUGCAAUACUUAUAAAUGGUCUUUUUAUUGCAGCUUUAGGUACUAAUUCAUUAUUAUUUUUAUACAUUUUUUUAUGAGCUAAUUUAAUGUUAUGUAUACUUUUUAACACAGUAUGAGACCAAGUUGUUGGAGCUUUUGAAAUUCCGUAGAAAGGUAGGAAAUUUAAAAGGUUAUUAUGAGAUUCGAAUAUUAUCAUUGAAGGCAUUUUAAAAAAAUAUGUAUCAAGAAAAUAUGUUUACUUUGUUUAUCCAAAUGUUGUAUAAGAUAGGUGUUUAUUUUAUGUAAUAUGUUUAGUUAUUAUAUGUUAUUAUCAUCAGAAAUUGGGCCAAAGCAGUAAAAAGAGAGAAAUUGAAAAGUCCAUUGCUGAUCGAAUCCAUAAUCUUUAUCGGGUGAGUGCAAAUGGAAUGAAAAUAGAUUAA